AUGUCGACUGAAGGGAAGCAAUCGUCAAGUAUGGUUAACGGAAGAGCCACAAGAUUGGUGGUGAAAUACGCGAGUGAUUCGGACGACGACGGUGGUAUCAAACUGAAAUCGCGCAGCUAUUUGAAUAUUCUUCAGCAAACAACUAAUCACAACACAGUCACCACCAAUCAUACGAACAACCAGUGCAGCCCCACGAAUUCAGCCUCAGCUAAACACCACUCAAAACGCCAACGGUAUUCUCAUCAAACGGCCAAUAACAUCGCUACAACCUCUGAAGGAGCAGUCGAUGANUAA